AUGGACGAAGAUGAGACUCCGGAAAUCAAGUUCAUCGACCAGGACGACUACGAACGCUAUGGAAGUGAAGAGGAACUAUCAAAAUUUGAAAUUCGCUGGAUUGAUUCUUAUGAACAAGGUUUGAUUCAAGAUUCGCUCAAAAACGAGAAGAUUUUGAUUUUCAGAAAAGAAAUUAAGCAAGUUGCUGUCACUGUUCCUUGCGCCCAUACAUAGACAACUUAAAUUGGGCUACCGGAUAACGCAUAAAUACGUAAAAACGUUGCAAUACCAGGGAGCAGAAGUGUUUGGACUGAACGAUACAAGACUACGAGUAAUGUCGCCGCGAGCGAUUGAGACGACGGGAAAUCUUCCGUACCUUUUGCAAAAGAUUUCAGAAGUCAGAAAGUCGGUCAAUCUCGCUCACUACAUCGCUACUGUAAUAAAUAAGAUGGGCGUGACCAGUGAAAAUCCCUACGAAAACCUGUAAGCCAAAAAUUUGCAAAAAUUUAAGUGCAAUUGUGUUUGUGUUUCCAGAAGAAGCACAAUCUAUGAACGAAUGAGCCAUCUCUACCUGUUUCAUCAAGGCUACCGACCCGGACUGGAGUAUCUUCUGGCCAACUACCGCAUGCUCCGUCAAUUCCGCUUCAUCUCUGCAUCCCACGCGCAUGUGAAGGAGGUUCAGAAACUCUACAGAACUGAUACUGCAUUCAUGCUGUAUCCACAAGCCAAUCUUCUGGCUCUGCAAUCGAUUCUCGACGACUGGAAUUGUCCUUUCAAAAUAGACAAAAUCCUGCAAAUUGCUCACGCGAACACGCUUCAAAUGAGAACAUUGUACGUUAAAGGAGACGUACUCGCCGUGCUCAACGAGGCGCUUCUCUGUGUGCUCGCGUUCAAUAACGGCGAGGCUCAAGAGGAAAUUGAGAAUUUCGACUCAAUCGUCGGACAAUUGUCCACGAAUCAGAAGCAAAAGCGGAGACUGCAGUUGUGGAAGAUGAUUUCAAAGUUUGAGCGAGUUCCGAAGCUGAAUCCGCAGGGAUUUUUGAUCAACGCUCAGAGACUCGAAGAAGAGUGCGUGACGGAAGAUAUCGGUCCGGAGUGCACUGUGAUGGUGGAGACGGCGUGCAAAAUUCGGAGCCUGUGUCAGAAACAAGAGGAGGAAAUGUGGGUGGUUCUGAAGAAGUUCUUCAUAAUUCUUGUUCUUUUUCAGUGCGAAAACCAUGUUAGAUACUGCAACACGUUACCCAUCGCUGGGUCCUCGGAUGAUGCAGAUCGCGGAGAAGUGCAACAUCGGAUAUGAGGCUGACGUGCUUAUGGAGCAGAUUUGUGACUCCUCGGAUCCAAACACGCAACUCCAUCCCUCCGAACCCACGUGGCUCGUGUACGUCGAGAAGCAAAUGAGCCGAAUCGGAAAGAAUGGAUCGAUUCGACAGACGCUUCAAAAGUUGCUGAGAGUCAUGUUCGAGUUUCUCGAUUUCGAUAGCAAUCGGCUGAACGAGAAGGCGUGGGAGCUGAUGAAGACUGUGUUGGAGCUGUCGGAUCCGUCGCUUGUGGUGCCCGAAUGGGAGACGAGACGGAAUUGGUGGUCGCGGUUUCACAAGACGCGAGCCAGAGAUGGACGGAAAAUGCGAAAGGAGGCGAGAAGCACGAAGCGAUCCGUUUUGGAGGCGUUAGAAUCUUUUUUGACCUAG